AUGAGGCUCGUGUUGGUCCAUGGGAAAAGACACAGCAAGAGAUGCACGGGCCUUCGAUUGCGGUCGCCCUGGGGAGGACCCCCACCUUCAAGAUUUUUCGCUCUGAGGUUUACGCUCGCCGGCAAGUCCGUCUACUUCAUCGUCAUAGAUCGCUUUGCUCGCAGUGGAGAGCAGGCGGCAAACUUCACUUUCUGCGACCUGCCUGCCGACUGGGUCAACAACACUGGAGGAGGCUUCUGUGGUGGAACCAUCAACGGGAUUACAAACCGCCUGGACUACAUCCAGGCAGGAUCCGUGCGAAAGGGCAUGGGCUUUGACUGCCUCUGGAUCACGCCGCCCGUGCAAUCCCAGGGGUUCAUGGGCUACGAUGCCACGAACCUCUUUCAGAUCAACCCGCACUUCGGUACCAAGGAGGACUUGGUGCGCCUGUCAGCUGCGCUGCACAGCCGUGGCAUGUGUCUGAUCGUAGACAUUGUGCUCAACCACAUGCGGCCUUUGCUGGUCAACGGCACGGUGAACCUGUCCUCCAUUGUGCCUUUCAAUGACGAGAGCCACUACCACCAGAGAAACCGCUCAACAAGUCAAAGCUUUGCGGACUACGUGGCCGCGUGGCCCCCUCCGGCCUUCAACCCUGGAGAGGACAAUUCUCAGCUGCUGGCAGCUUCCCAGCAGCACUCUCCGGCUGUGUGUGGGCACACGGUCGCAGAUCACACAGAGUGCAGCUGCUUUCCGGGCAACUCCGGUCCGAACUGCCCGUCCUUCCGUGAGGAUCACCUAAGCACAGGUUGGCUUGGCGUCAUGGGAGACUUGAACCAGAGCCACGAGUACGUUCGCGCGCAGCUUCUCUCCUUUGUGGAGGGCAUGGUGGUCAACUACAGCCUGGAUGCGCUGCGCCUGGACACGGCCAUCUACCUCCAGCGAGACUUCCUUCCCGAGGUCCAGGCGGUGGCUGGCGUGGAGAUUCUUGGAGAGGCAACCGUCAACAACCUGACGUACCAGGCGAGCUUGAUGCAAGGCCCCGGUCGUCCUGGGCUCGCCGGCCUCCUCAACUUCCCGCCCUUCUACAAGGUCCCCGAGGCCUUCUGCGCGUAUCAAAUCGGUGGAGAUUUUGGGGACUACAGCCAUCAAGGCACCUGGUUCGAGGAAGCAGACCUCGAAAAGCUGGGAGGUGUCCUCUCCCUGCAGCUGUCGACGGGCCUCUUCGGGAACCCUGAUAUGCUGGGCAACUUUGUGGACAAUCACGACGAGUAUGGGCGGCUUGAUCACUACUGCCGUCACGACACGCUCCGGAUCCGGCAUGCCCUUGCCUUCGCCAUGCUCUGGCGAGGUAUCCCCAUCAUCUACUAUGGGACGGAGCAGGGCCUCUCUGGCCAUCAGAGCCCGGACCACAACCUUGGCCAGGAUGCUCUCCGUGAGUCGUUGUGGCAGACGCGGUACUCAACCGAUCCCUGGCAGUAUCGCUUCCUCGCUCAGCUGAAUGGGAUCCGGAAGAGUUUCGGAAUUUCGGUGGGCGAUGCGCAGAUCCGGAAUGCCACGAAGACUUCCUUGGUCUUCACGCGGGCCGCGAGCGACGGCGCGGCCUGGGUGUUCCUGAACAACGCGGCCAACGCCAGCGCGCGGAGCCCGCAGCGCUACUGCCCGGGCCCGGAUGCCUCGCAAGGUGAAACUUGGUACGAUGCCCUCUCGGAACUGCCGAUGAACCCUUACCUCGUCGACGGCUGCUUCCUGGCGCCGGACAAGUUCCCGAAGGUGCUGGUGCUGAAAACUCUCCGGCUGCUUCUGUGA